CGCUUUGUAUGUCAAGUUUUUUUUGAAAGGUCGACUGUGACGGACAUAUUUACCAAAAAAUAGAAUUAUUUUGCUCCAUUUUGGACUUAAAAUUAGAUAUUUAAUUUUGGUGUAUUAAAUUUUUCCUCAAUUACAAUUUUCCAUAAAACUAACUCAUCAUGACGGGAUUUUCUUUAAAACUUAAAUCCAAAAAUGGUCAAUACGUCGUAAGCGACCUAAAUGCUGGCACAACAAUAGGCGAUCUUAAAACAAAGAUAUCCCAAGUUACGCAAAUCAAUCCAUCAUUUCUCCACAUUCUGAUAGGUUUCCCCCCAAAACCAUUGGAUUUAUCGCAAAAUAGCAAUUGCAUUAGUGCGACUGGUAUCUCAUCUGGCGACACAUUAAUUGUCGAAGAGAAAAUAGUCCCAAGCAUUGAAGAUGAUGCUGCAUUUGCUCGACGACUGCAAGAAGAAGAAGACCAAGAAAUGCUUUCAGUUUCAGCUGCACCCGAAGUGCAGCCGAAUCAAGAUCCGACAAAUCCGUUUGUUGGCAUUUUGUUGAAAAAAAUCGUACCUGCUGAUAAUUCGUGUCUGUUCACUAGCAUCGGGUAUGUUUUGAAUGGCAAAGUGUCGACAGAUUGUGGUGGAUUUAUGAGGAAGAUUAUUGCCACUCAAGUGGCUGAGGAUCCGGUAUCGUAUAAUGAUGGAGUUCUGGGUAAACCUAAUGCCGAGUAUUGUGAAUGGAUUCAGAGGUCGGAGUCGUGGGGUGGAGCUAUUGAAGUGGCAAUAUUGUCGAAUUUCUAUGGAAUCGAAAUUGAUGUUGUUGAUAUACAGAAUUCGAUUAUCAAUCGGUUUGGAGAGGACAAGAACUAUGGAUUGAGAGUGUUUCUUCUGUUUGAUGGGAUUCAUUAUGAUCCAUUGUAUAUGGAAUCGGCAUCGGGUGAAGUACCAGCAACAAUGUUUCCAAUUGAAGAACUUGGUGUUUAUCAACAAGCUGAAUUGCUAGCAAAAGAAGCCAACUCGUCCCGGCAAUUUACUGAUGUGGAAAAGUUUUCGCUCCGUUGCAUGCAAUGCGAUAUUAUGCUAGUUGGUCAGGUACAAGCUCAACAACAUGCCAAAUCGACUGGUCAUACAAAUUUCGGGGAAAUUUGAGUAUACACCGUUGCUGUUAUUAACCUCAUUAUAUUUAUUUUGGUACUCGUUUUAGUUCUUAUUUAAUUAUUUUAGAAAAAAAAAAUAGCAAAGAAAAACAAAAACAAUUUAUGCAAAUGUAAAAUUCAAAAUGCUUAAAAUUUACUACAAUUACACAAAUUAUAUAUUUUUUUUCUUUUGGUUGCUUUGUAUGAACCACAAAUUAAUUAUCUUUUAUUGGAAAAAAAAAAUAAAAACAAAAGCUAAAUUUAUCUAAACAAAACAAA